UUUAGUAUCUGAUACAUGUUUCUAUUACUGAACAAGCUGCUGCUUCAUACACAGAUUUAGGUGUAUCUAGAUAAUUUGAUAUUUAUUGGUGUAGUAGCAUGUGAAAUCAAAGUUCUCUCUGGUCUCCAGCAGCAAAUAUGUUUGCUUAAAUAGUCUGGUUUCCAGUUUAUAUUAAGUUUUAUAUGUUUUUUUGAUUUUCAGUAGGUUCACCCUACACAUGUUUUAUGCUCUGUAGAAGUUUUUAAGCAGCACAGGUUGGAGUUUGCUGUGUGGUUUAGAAAGCUAGAAGUUAGAGAGUGUGUAGCCAUGAAGGAGGAGAUUGCUGCUGCUGUGUUUUUCAUGGCUCGGCUGGUGAAGAGAUAUGGCUGUCUGGAUAAUGACAGCAGGGAGCGCUUUGCCGCUGCCCUCACCUCUGUUCUGUUUGAGAAGUACAAGAACCACUGGCACCCGAACGCCCCCAGCAAGGGACAGGCCUACAGGUGUCUGCGUAUGAACCCUGUGCGGCUGCAGGACCCGGUGCUGCAGCAGGUCUGUGAGAGGAGCGCGGUGCGUUACGAGGAUCUGGGCCUUCCCCAGGAAAUGACGGUGUGGGUUGACCCUGGAGAGGUGUCCUGCAGGUACGGCGAACACAGCACUCCCUUCUGCGUCUCUGUGGUGGACGGCUCUCGACGUGGAGAUGGUGAAUUUUCCCGUCGCAUCCAUGAUGCUGUGGAGCGGGCAAGCCUUGAUGUCCCGUCAUGUAGCUCUUCAGAUGAGGAGGAGGGGGGAGGUGACAACAGCAUUAGCAGCAGCUUUUCCGCUCUUUGCCCUGCACCAAUCCCACCCAUCAACCAGGAGCUCAAAACCAUCCCAACGGUCAGCAACCCCAACAGUGUCUACCGGUUCAGUGAAUUUUCUGCAGGGGCCCCUCAGACCUGGCUAAGGGACAAGCGGAAGGCCUUUGCUGGGGACGCAUUCCCAUCUCAUCCUCCUCCUCCAGCUGCAUGUCCGACGCCCCAGUUCUCCAGCCAGAAAGGCUUAAAGUCCUAUCGAGCUACAUUCACCUUUGCUGGGCCUCGUGUUGACAAGUACCAUUGGGUCAGCAAAUCCCGGUCCUAGAGUGAGCUGCGCCUUCAACAUGGAACCGCAGUCGGGUUACUGCUUGGGACGGCAGCCGUGAUGCUGGAACAAAGCACCAUAAAACCCUGUUUGCAGGGGAAAAAGGCUUCAGGACAGUUUAUCUUUAAUGGUUAAAAGUGUCAACGAUUUAUAAUUAUGCUGUUAAAGCAUGUUUUUAAACUUUGAAAUAUUCAAGUAUUUUAAAUUAUUCUCCCUUAUAAAUGUUUUAAAACUAAAAUAAGUGUAAAUAAAGUAACAUUGAACUGUCAUUGAAAAGAAAUGUGUCCGUGUCAGCUCUGCUGUUAUAUAAAAGUGUUUUCUGUCUUCA